AAUAUAUAUUUAUCUAUGAACAAAACUAAAGGAGCGCGAAUCGACUGUAAUGUAAAAUUAUUCAUACAUAGUUCAUUUAAUUUUAAUUAUUAACUAGAAAUGAAAAUCAAAUUACUAAAGAACUAUUACAAAUCUAUGUUGUUAUUUUCCAUGCAGUUGUUUUAUCAAAUAGAGUUGUCAAUUAUCAACAUAUGAAAUAAAAAAAACGCAAUUAUGGAUCAAGAAAAUCGAAUAGUAGUUUUGAUUGAUAUGGAUUGUUUUUACUGCCAAGUAGAAGAAAAAUUGAAUCCUGAAUUGAAAGGAAAGCCUAUAGCAGUUGUACAGUAUAAUCCAUGGAAAGGCGGCGGGAUUAUUGCAGUCAACUAUGUUGCAAGAGCAAUGGGAGUGACACGACACAUGAGAGGGGAUGAAGCCAAGGAGAAAUGCCCUGAGAUCCAGUUGCCUUCUGUACCAUGUCUGAGAGGCAAAGCUGACAUUACCAAGUAUCGAGAUGCUGGGAAGGCAGUAGCAAAAGUUUUGCAAAGAUUUACACCACUGUUAGAAAGGGCAUCUAUUGAUGAAGCUUAUUUGGACAUAACAACACCUGGUACCAAUGUUCAGCUGGUAUCGCACACAACAAGAUCCUUGCGAAGCUGGUAUGUGGUAUGAAUAAACCAAACAAACAAACUCUCCUUCCUAAGCACUGUGUCAAUAUUCUCUACCAGUCAUUGUCAAUUAAGAAAGUGAAACAUUUAGGAGGCAAAUUUGGCGACAGUGUGUGCGAAACAUUAAAAAUAAGUAAAAUGGGUGAAUUGCAAAAGUUCACAGAAAAAGAACUCCAAACGAAAUUUGAUGAGAAAAAUGGUACGUGGCUAUAUAACAUAGCUCGAGGAAUCGACUUGGAACCAGUGCAAGCGAAAUUCAAUCCUAAGAGCAUUGGCUGUUGCAAGCAGUUUCGAGGGAAAACUGCUCUCGUGGACUUGGAAAGCUUGAGAAAAUGGCUUAAAGACCUUGGAGAUGAGAUUGAGGAAAGGCUGGAGAAUGAUGCCUUAGAGAACAAUAGGACUCCGAGGCAAAUGGUUGUGAGUUUCUCAACGCAACAACCCAACGGACGCGACGUCAGCAGCUCUAGAUCUUACAACUUCACGGCCGAGGACGAUCUGUGCGGAGAAUUGUUCUCAAAGAAAGCUUUAGAAAUGCUUUUGGACAGUGCAGAAGGCGUAAAGCCUAAAGGUACUCUUGCUCCUCCCUUUACAUGGAAUAAAUCCGUUUGCAUUUGUAUUGGAAGGGACGAUCAAAACCUUUUUUGAUAUUAUAUAUAUAUAUAACUACCCAAAUCGCCAAGACUAAAAGUAAGAAUUUGUAAGACCACUGCGAUGGUACUGGUUUUGCAUGCAACUACUUCUAUUUCCUUCUACUUCUUGCUCAGCGUACUAUGGGUAAGACUUUCAAAAAUGCUUCUCAAUUGGUACAUAGUUAAAAAGUCCUAUGUCAAACAGUGAUUGUUACACGAAUAUUACACAGUUAUGAAAGUACUUAUAUUCGGGAUUAAUGUCGCUCAUCGUGCAUAAUGUAUCGUCAAAUUUCUAACUUGCUCUUUUUUGUUUAGCUAACUUGACCUUGACAUUUUUAUUACUAGCUGACAUGGUAUAUAAUAUUGCUUAACUUAAUUUACUUUUUAUUGUUAUUUUUUUAUUACACUUGACAUCUUUAUAUAAUGGAAUGGACUGUUUGUUGUUGUUGAAUUAUUGAUUGAUUUUGAUAUGUUAAUUUUAUAAAACAACACUUUCAAAGAAUAAACAAAUUUGCAUGUCUCCAUUAGGGACUUAGUAAUAAAUAGUAUUUAAUAGUAUCUCAUGUAACAUACUUACUAAAAAGCAAAUAAAUAAAUAAAUAAUAAAAACUAAUAGCCAUUUAGAAGUUAUUGUAAUGGGUCUAAUAUUUUAAAAGUCAAUUUUCAACUUAUUUUUAAUAUCUCUGUAUAUCUAAUCCAAAAAAAUUACAUUUCGUCUAUUGAUAAACAAAAAAAAUAUAUAUGACGGCACCUGUACCGUUGUAGGUGCGGUGGCGUCGGUCUGGCUAGACAGAAUUCUUGUAAACGACACGUGUACCGCACACCUGAGGCAUUGCACCUGCGUUGCUACCCGUCCUGCUUGUAUAAAACGGACGGAGCGGCCGUCGUUAAGACAGUCUUGGCUCUGACGUGGAACGGUACGCUUGUCGUAUUCCGUUACUAGUUUAUCCUCGACUCGUUGGAUAGGUAAUUCGUGUAAACGAAUUAAUUAUUAUUCCUAACUACAAAAUUAGUCUCUGUAUUAUACCCACUAUACUUUCUACAUAUACGCCCAGUGAGUUCCGUGAGAGACGAUUAUGGGAUAUGCCAGACCAAUCUAAUGGCUUCCUAUAGUAUACUAACUCGUCUUCGCUAGAUCUGAAUUGCCUAUAUCAUCAACGGGCAGAAGCGCUAAAGGUGUAAGUUGCCUAGGAAUCCGUCAAGAUAGGCUCUACCAUCUUACCUGUUUCUACUGCCAAACAGCAGUGAUUCCAUUUUGAAGGGUAUAUGAGUACCAGUAUAGUUCGAGGCUGUGAGGCAUUCCUUCUUAGUCCUCAGAGGUGACAACGCGCAUAUUUUCUUGACGUUAUUUGAAAGUGUCCAUGGACUGCAGUAGCCCCUUAUUAUCAACAGGUGAACAUUUAGUUCGUUUGUCAUAAGUUUUAUAAGAAAAAGGAUCAUCAUCCACCUAUCGAGCGUCACGAUUAAGGCAAAGUCUUCUUACGACGAGAGAAACCGAUUUCUUUAAAUAAGUAGAAUGAGCUACACAAUAAGAAGUUGAUAGUGAGGGUAGACCAAAUCAGACCCGCACCCUUUUAUUAUAAUUUUUUUACAGAGGGAGAAGGAAACAGACUUUUAAAAGCACCUAUAAAAUUUUUGGGUAUCAGUGUAGGAAAAUUUGAAGAACACUCGGAAAAUAAGAAAACAAGGAAGAUUAAUUAUUAUUUUUCUGGUGCUUCAUGUUCAAAAGAUGUCUCAAGCGAUAAAGUCAUAACUAAAAGUAUUAUAAAUAAUGAUAAAACUGCCGAUAAGAACGAAGGCAAAGCUCACGUAUUCCGGAAAUUCUUUCAGAAUAAUGAUAUACCUGAUAAUUUACAAACAGACGAAUUGUAUGAAAAGGCGGAAACAAGGCAAAAUGGUGAAAAUAUGUUAGAAUCCUCUUUGGAUAAGCAAGAGUCGUUUUUUGCGAAGUUCCUUAAAACCGAAUUUAACAAAAAUACUUUCGACAACCACUCUAAACCUGUAAAAAUUAAAGAAGAAAACCGUCCUACAACACCUGAUUGUAAUAUUGUGAAUAUUGGAGAAGCCAGUAACGACACAGAAUAUUCGGGCUCUACGAUAGAUAUGGAAAUAAAUAAAAGCAUUUCCUUAUUCGAAGAUGAUCCAGUGGAUAUAGACCGCGUCGGCAAUAUGAGACAGUUGCUUAAUAAAUCCAAGCUAUUGGAAGAAGCUUUCGAUGAAACUGAGCAGGAAGAACUGCAAGUCGAGUGUAAAAGUGUCGAUGUUCAAGACAACGAACAAGUCCAAAUAUCAGAAACAUUUAAAUGCCCUGAAUGUGGUAAAACAGUAAGCGUCAACAUGUUAGACACACACGCGGAUUACCAUUUCGCUCUAAAGUUGAGAGAAGAAGAAAGAGUAAUGAAACGUAAGGAAGUUGUAGACAAGAUUAAAGAUAAAGAGAUGAAUCGUAAUCAGGAAACAAAAGCGACGAAAACGAGACAAGAAGAAGCAGUAGCAAAAAAUGAUGGUGUAUCUAUAGCUAAUUAUUUUACGAAAAUCGAUGGAUCUGUUCCAACAGAAACAUGCUCUGAAUGUGGAAAAAGAGUUCCCCUGGAAAAGUUUGCCGAACAUUUAGAUUUCCACGAAGCUCAGAAGCUGAGUAGAGAAUUGAAUAACCGCUCAAGUAAUAGUGUAAUUCAAGGUAAUAGUGUAAAGAGAAAAAGAAAAUCGACAUCUCCAGUGAAAAAGCCUAAAGUGCCAUGUAAAUCUAUAGAUCUCUUUUUUAGGUAGCAAAUUGGAAAUAUAAAUAUUUAUACUAAUGAACUCUGUAAAUAAAAUGUUUAUUAAUUUU